ACUACGCAAAGGCAUUCGACUGUGUGGAUCAUGACAAAUUAUGCAUAACAUUAUGAAGAAUGGUAAUUUCAGAACACUUAAUUGUGCUCAUGCGGGAACCUGUACAUAGACCAGGAGGCUGUCAUUCAAUCAGAACAACGGGGUAGUGCUUGGUUUAAAAUCAAGAAAGGUGUGUAUCCUCCACUGGCUGCUCUGAAAAGCUAUCUUUGCACUGUCCGCAGGUCCAGCUCUGCGCUUGCUGCAGCCACCUCCGCCAUGCACCUCCCCUGUCACCGAAGACUCCGGGAGCUUUCUCGCCAGAGUCCCCGAACUCGCGCUUUCUUUGUAAUCAGCUGCAUCGGAUCACCAGCGUGCCCCACCAUGUCAGAUGUGGCUGUGGACACCGGCUCUGAGAUAACCUCCAAGGACUUAAAGGAGAAGGAGGUUGUGGAGGAGGCAGAGAAUGGAAGAGAUGCGCCCGCUAAUGGGAAUGCUAACGAGGAAAAUGGGGAACAGGAGGCUGACAAUGAAGCAGAUGAAGAAGAGGAAGAAGGUGGGGAGGAAGAAGAAAGUGAUGGUGAGGAAGAGGAUGGAGAUGAAGAUGAGGAGGCUGAUGCAGCUACGGGCAAACGGGCAGCUGAAGAUGAUGAGGAUGAUGACGUUGACACCAAGAAGCAGAAGACCGAUGAGGAUGACUAGACAGCAAAAAAAGGAAAAGUUAAACUUAAAAAAAAGGCCACCGUGACCUAUUCACCCUCCACUUCCGGUCUCAGAAUCUAAACGUGGUCACCUUCGAGUAGAGAGCCCCACCCGCCCACCUCGGGCAGCGCCACCUGCAGAUGACAUGUGCUUUCCACCACCCAACCAAAACCACAGCAUGAAUUUGCAACAGUGGAGGAAAAAAGAACCAAAGCUUCCAAGACCCUGUUUUUUUUCUUAAAAGUACUUUAAAAAGGAAAAGUUGUUCGUAUUUUUUAUUUACAUUUUAUAUUUUUAUACAUAUUAUUAGGGGUCAGCCAUUUUUAAUGAUCUCAGAUGACCAAACCAGCCUUCAGAGUGUUCUCUGUCCUUCUUCUGACUUUACCUGUGGUGUUACCAUGUUCAUUAUAAUCUCAAAGGAGGAAAAAAAACUUGUAAAAAAAAAAGCAAAAACAACAACAAAAAAUACAAUCUUGUUCCCAGUAUUCCAGUAACUUUUUUUGUGUAUGUACUUAGCUGUACUAUAAGUAGUUGGUUUGUAUGAGAUGUUUAAAAAGGCCAAAGAUAAAAGGUUCCUUUUUUUUCCUUUUUUUGUCUAUGAAGUUGCUGUUUAUUUUGUUUGGCCUGUUUGAUGUAUAUGUGAAACAAUGUUGUCCAACAAUAAACUGGAAUUUUAUUUUGCUGAGUUGUUCUAAAAAAAAAGAAAGGUGUGCGUCAGGGUUGCAUCCUUUGACGCUUUUUGUUCAGUUUGUAUGCUGAGCAAAUAAUCAGAGA